CUCGAUCUCACGAUCAGCUCCACCGUGUUCGCGCACGCGUGUGCGGCCUAGCACCUUGACAUAUAAAACGAGCGAACACGUAGCGCGUGUGAGCGUUUCAUUGUGACUGCCUGCUAGCUGUUGGAAACGUUUUUCGUCGUAUUUUGUGUUGGCCAUUCUGAUUGUGUGGGAGGCUUGAAAGGAGAAGGAGAAGAGCUGUUUGAACGCAGAGUCUAGUUGCCUGUCGUAUAUUGAGAAAAUCCGCUUUCGAUCGUUGACGCGUGUUGUCUCAGCGCUUGUACAUCAGAUGCCCCCUGCGUUCGCAGGUUUAAUACUGUAGUCCCCGACAGUUCACAAAAUAGUUUUUUGUCGGAGCAGAAGCUCUACGAUUCUAGAUCGAGUUGUCAGCUUGGUGAGCGAGCACUGCAUGCUGCGAGAAAAGCUGUAGCAUUGAUUUUAGGCUGUAUCCUAGGUCCUGGAUCGCUCCGCUGGUUCCCUGCACAGGCCGUUUGGUGUUGAUGUAGCGCCUAGUCGAAUCGUUCUCGUGUGUGUGCCUGCAUACGUGUAGCAAGUACGGUUGUUAGUUGUGACACUGGCUAGAUCCAAGGCACAGCAGAUAGUGUGCAGCGUGGGAGUAGGUUGCUGGACUGCCUCCACUCUACUAGUCUAGAUCAGAUCGUGUGGACUGACUGUGUUCCCGGCGUGCUGAACAACCGAGCCGAAGCCGGCUACACUACAAAACGUUCCCUGUGGUGUAUGCUGUGUGUGCUGCCACCGGCAGUCGGUACGGAAGCAGUGCAGUGUGUGCAUGUGUCACACGAACCGGUCCUGAAUUAUUAUUGUGCUGCAAGCGUGGCAGGCCGUGCGACAUCUCCUGCCUGUUGCUGUUGUCCCAUGUGACAAUCCGGUAGCAGUCCAGAUCAGCUUGCAUACGGAUUUUAGCCUGACGAGCUCCACCGCUGGCCGACAGGAUCAGUCGCUAUCAUCUGUCUCUGUGUCAGUCGGUCUGCCCUAAAUACUUGCUAGCCACCCGACAUGGCGUUCAGUUUGGAAUCCAGCCCCAGAAUCAAAGCGGAAAUGAAAGACAGUUUCGAUGCCGUGGGUUUCAAUGCCGUGGAUGCAAUCAGAGGAUCCGUCGCCGCUGCCGCAUCGUCAGAAUUGUCCGUUUUGGACGGCGCCCCUGGUGCAGCAGUGAUGCAGACACAUCCUGACAAUACCACGGUGGCACAUGGCGUAUCAUCAUGUCCCGGCGUGUCCCCUCCAACGACCGCCGCCACCGUCAUCUCCACGGCCGCCAUUGCCAGUGGUAGUUGCGCUGCUCAGGGUUCCAUAGCCUCUUUCCCCAAAGCAGCGGUCACUCAGCGCGCCCUGCCGCGUAUGAAAUACCCAUGCCCGGUGUGUCACAAGGUGUUCAACACCAGCCAAGAACGCUCUGAUCACGAGACUGCACACAGCUCGUCGCACGCACCGUCACCAGCAGCAGUCGGUAGUAAAAGCGCGGCGACGUCGUCGCAGCCCUCGGCGGCUGUGACGGCCGCUGAGCCCCCCAGAGCUUCUGUCGUGUCUCCAACCGUGCCUCAGAAUAUUCAACUGCCCGCGGGUGACGUGCAGCCACAGAAACAGCUGCUGCGCCAGCAACAGCAGCAACAGCAGCAGCUGAAGCAAUAUCAGCACUGUCAGAAACCACAGCAACCACAGCAGCAGCAACAACAAGAAGAACAGCAUCAGAAACAGCAACAGUUGCAGCACUUACUACAAGUACAAGAACAGCAUCAGCAACAGCAUCAGCAACAGUUACAGCAACAGCAACAAACCCUACAGCAACAGGUACAACGGCAGCAACUGGACCUACAGGAGCAGCAGCAGCAGCAGCAGCAGGGCCAAGCCUCUGGUCUGUCGAUACCGGCCUCUUCACCUAUCGCCGAGCAGAUGUUACCGAUGACGGGCCUGAUGCCCUUCCACCAGCACGUAGCCAGCCACACGACCAUGUCUGGUGGCCAUGGAAACACCUCCCUGCUAUCAGCAGUGAGUAACACCUUACUGCCAGGUCAAGCACAGGCAAUGUCCAUGGAGGCUAUAUGUAUGCUGUGCGGCCAGUCUUACCAAUCGCUGAACCCCACAGGUCGACAUUGUCCCGUGUGUCUUGCCAGCCUGAAUGGCUCUGCGCCGUCGAGUGUAAUCGCCGACAACCAGUCUGAGUGGCACAGCCCAGCGGCCGCCACCUCGUUCACAUGCUCCGAGUGUAGCCUGGCGUUUGCCGACGCGCUGACUUGCCGCACUCAUCUGGUCAGCCACUUCCCAGGCGUGGCCAGUUCCAUAGCCAAUGCCAAUCACCUGGUGGUCUGCACUCAAUGCUCACUGGUUUUCCUGACCGAGGAGGACAAGCUCGAGCACCGGCAGAAGACGCACGGCUCGUUCCUCUGCUCCGAGUGUCGUCUGGCGUUUCCCGACGCGCUGACAUGCCGCACUCACCUUGUGGGCCACUACCCGGGCUUGGCCAGCUGCAUAUCUCGCACCGGUCAAACUGUGGUCUGUGCUCCCUGCUCCCUGGUCUUCUUGACCGAGGAGGACAAGGUGGAGCAUGAGCAGCAGUUUCACGCUGCGAGUGGGCACGGAGUUGGUGCUGGAGUCGGUGCUGGUGAAUCUGCUGUUUCGACUUUCGGAACCUCUGGCUAUUCUCGUGGCGCAGCUGCAGUUGGUGGUCGUGGUGCCGCGAGUAGUAUGAGUGCGGUACAGGUGGGGCAAGUGAGCGGCAGUCGCACACAACUGUCGUCGCUGAGCGAUGCGCAGCGUCAUGGGGCGGAGGCAGCUUUGCAACGGGUGCUGUCACUAUCGCCAGUGGCGGCACCUCCCCCUCACAUUGCUCCACCGUAUGUACAGGGGCUGUCUGAUCCGUUUAGCUCUACAAAUGACCGGCAGUCAACUGCAGUUACGGCUGCAGCAGCAACAAGUUUGGCAACUGUUAACAAUGGCAGCACGAGUAGCAAAGUCCAACAACAACGGCAGCAGCAGCAGCCACCCACGCUUCGUUCCAUCCAGCACCAUUGCCAGCACUGCCCGGCAAAGUUCCCGAGUCUGCCGGAGCUGUCCAAACACCAGAUGCACUGCCGGUCUCGGUCACAAUCUACAGCACCGAGUACUGAGAAGACUGACUCCGAUAUGGCGACCUGUAAGCUGUGCCAUCGUCUCUACCUUACAUCGAAUGCACUGGCCCUGCACAUGCAAGAGGCGCAUCCCAAUGUCGAGUGCGUCGUAGCAAGUAGCUCACCGGCAGUGCCCGUUAGUGCUGGCGACUCUACGAGCUCAGCUCACCUAACGCCGCCUGCCACUGGUCACGACAGGAGUACCACAAAUUCCGACGCUGGAAGUGGGCGAUCUCCCGUAGUGACCGAAGCACGGCAGUCAGGCCAAGUAGCAGAAUCUGUACCCUUCAGCGCGUCUCACCCUCCAGCUGGUUCCGACGCACGCAUUCCGGCAGGGUCUACAUCAGCAACAGCUCAGACGAGCUCGUCUCCUCCAGUCGCCGAUCUUGUCCUGACCUCCUCCUCCUCCUCUACCAGCAUAGGCAUUCCUGUGUCUGAGUCGCCGCCAGCAUCGCACACUUCCAGCCGCAGCUCAGCGGCCAGUCCUCCUGGGUCCAGCGUGCAUCUGACAGAUCACUUGCCGCCCGAGUACAUCGUCGGCGAAGAAGUCAUCAAUUGUGAAACGCCAGAAUCGACGGGCUCAACAGCGGAUGACAGCGAGCUGACUGAGGUCUCUAGUACACCGCCGGAAGAGAGUGGUGCAGGCGUCAGAUAUAGUCCACCAGUGCAUGCUCACAGUGUUCCUCCUGCUCCUCCUGCUGCUGCUGCUCCUCCUGCUGCUGCUGGUGAUAACAUGACUGGAAGCCCCGUCGCUAGUAGUAGCAGCAGCAGCAGAAAGACUAUUCCAUGCCCGGAGUGCAACAAGAUGUUCGCGACCACGUACCGUAUGAGGGAGCACUGCAUCACGCACGAGCUGUCCAGGGCGCAGCGCACCAUGGCCGAGAACGGCAUAUUUCCGUGCGCCGUCUGCAAGCGGACGUUCACAUCCCUAGAGCUACUUGGCACGCACCAUGAAGUACACAUCGAUCAGCUUGAGAAGAACGCCGUCACCAAUGCCCUGGUAUGCGAGGUGUGCCACAAGGAGUUCCCGUCCAAGUUCGGCAUGAUGCGCCACUACCUGGUGCACGCUGGCAUUCGGCCGUACGAGUGCAGCGUGUGCAAGAAGCGUUAUCGUGAGGAACGCACACUCAAUCAGCACAUGGUCCUGCACACGGCUGGCAAGCUGUUUAAGUGCAGCGAGUGCGAUAAGAAGUACGCGUCAGCCUACUCUCUUGCCCAGCACAAAGCUGUCCAUACAGGUCGAGUUAUCAAGCGUCACAUGUGCCAGUUCUGUGAAAAGCCGUUCCGCACGCCCAGCGACCUCGCUCGACAUGAACUGACGCACACUAAGGUGCGACCACACAAAUGCACCAUCUGUAACCUGUCAUUCAUUAAGAAGAAUCAGCUCAUGUUGCAUGAGAUGAGCGUGCACAUGAUUACCGGAGAAACCAACGCUAUUGCAGCCGCCCAGGCAUCCUCCCACAGCGGUAUUGACACACCAACAGUGGAUAUGGAUGUCUCAAGUGGUUCCCUGAAUGCAAGCUAUGACUGCCUGGACGCAGGCCACAGCACAGCAGAUACUGGUGUGAAGGGAGCACUUGCCGGUGGUUAUUCAUCUUCAAGCGGCAGGGCGGCUGCUUGUGACAAGGCCAGUAACAAUGGAGGCAGUCCUGGUGCUGGUGCUGCUGCUGGUGGUGCUGGUGGUGGUACUGUGGUGUAUUCGUACACGCCGUUCAACAUGCAGGAAGAUCUGUUCAGUGUGGCUGAGCAGCAAGAGGCAGACAUAGUGCUGACCCUUACAGUGACAUACUCUGACGACGAGGAUGAUGUCUCCUCUUGCCCACGUGAGCAUCUAGUACUGCACAGCGAGGGUGUAAGCAGUCAUUGCGACAUGCAGGACGAUCCUAGGCGGGCGGACGAUGGUCGCCUAAGCCAUGCAGCAGCAGCAGCAGCAGAAGCGGUGAUGGCUGCUGACUCUAUGGUUGUGUUAUCGCCUGGGCCAGACGCAGACUGCAUGCAGGACACCGCCAGCAUUGCCGUUGCAUCGGCCCCCGCUCCUGUCAAGCGAAAACAAAGCAACGCCAGUGCGGACGAAACGACACCGCCGCAAACGCCAUCGUCCAAGCGACCAUGUCGCAAGGCAGCGCGAGCGGCACACAAAACCUGGCUGGGAGAGACGGCGGCGGCGGGGCAAGAGUCAGCACCGAUGACCGCAGCUGUACACAGUCGCGCUUCCACUGUUCCGACCACACUCGCAGCACAGAUCGAUGACGGAGGACACGGACUCACGGCUGGUGGCGUGGCAGUGCCGGUGGCAGUGGAGGUAGGCGGCAAGAACAUCAUCAUGAACACCAUGGAGCUGGUGAUUGGCAGCACUGGUGGUAUUGUGUCUGUCAAUCAAAUGCAACCAGAGGUGGUGUCUGGUUGUGAGUUCCUCGUUCAAUCUCAGCCAGCAGUAUUGUCAGGAGUGCGGACGCCUCCCCGGAGCGGCGCAGGCAGCAGCUUGCCCGAACCGGUGACAGUUACCGGUGGUGUUGCUAGUAGCAGCGCAUCAUCAUCCAGUGCACCUGCCGUCAAGCUGGAGAUUGUCAACAAACUCUACAUCACCGUCAAGCCCCAGUGAGCGUGUACUUGUAAGGCAAGUAGUGCUGUUGCUUUUGGUGGCAGAGUAGUCUACUUGCCCCUGUUCCAGUGCGCUCACCCAAUUCUGGUGCGUUCAACCUGUUCGGGUCGUUCUCACCUUGUUCUGGAUGUUCUCGCCCGGUCUGGUGUAGUCUGCUUGACGCGAUGAAUUCCAUCAAUCUUUUUUUUUGAGAGUGCUCACCCCAUUCUAGUGCAUUCUAAGUUCUGCAACGCAUUCCAUCUGCUGUGGUGUGCCCACCUCGUUCUGGUGUGAUCUACGUGGUACUGUGCGCUGGUUCUGGAGCGCCAGAGUUGGUCUGCUAGUUUCGAUGGUGCUUAUCCUGUUCCGGUGCUCUCAACCAGAUCUGGUGGAUUCCACUGGUCCCACUGCAUUCAACUUUCUCUGCCGGACUUGACCGGCAGCUCUCGUGUACGGCUUGUUCAGAUCUAGGGACGUUCCCCAGGGUGUAGUAAACCAGCCUGGCUUAUUCAACCAAUUUCAGGACAAUCAAUCUCUCUCUUAGUGUGCUCAAUCAGCUCCAGUCAGAGCCCGUUUGGCUCAACACAAUCAGCUCCGGUCAGAGCCUGUUUACCUCUACGCAGUUAGCCUGUCAUCGUAAACAGGCUGUGCUUGUUGAUAAUACUUGAUAACUGCUUUACCCCCAAAGAAUUCAUACAGCUCUAUACCAGGCCGCCGUUUUGAGGACUCAUACUACCACAGGACAUAUAUGAUUUGAGUUUGGCGCGGCCAUGAAAAUCACCGCCGGUCAUCACAUGUCUCCCUCGCGGCAAAGCUGCAGUGUUCCGCACUGCUUUUGUAUAUUGUGGACGCCUCCAGCGUUGGCAGAGUACUGCAUAGGCACUGACUGGACCAUAAUGUUGCUGAGUUCCGGCGAGAUCCCGCAGCCAACCACGCAGGAGAACGGAUGAAGAUGCACGCACGAAUGCACGCUCGGUGAUGUUGACGUUGUUGAAUGACGUCUGCACACGUAUGCUCACAUGCAGCGUUACACUGUGACUGGCAGCAAUGUUAGCCCGAUCACUGUGAGUGUGAUCUUCAUGUUCACACGCUUGAUUGCUAUACACAUUCUCUGAGCUGUGUUGACGCCCGUCGCACUGGUGCCUGUGACUUGGCUAACAUGUAUCAUAAGAGAAAACCACCGCGGAAAGAAACUGGCGGGACAAAGAGCCUGAUCUGCGUCCGCAAUCCGCUCGUUCUUUCUCUUGCGUUGCGUGUUAUUAACCAGCUUUGUCUGCGUUGCAGAUCUAUCUGCACAUAGCUAUUGUACGCAUUGUCCUAUCUCAUGUCCGAUAUAGACUAAGAGUGCCUGAAGACUGUGGUAUGAGAUUUCCAUGUUUCUACUCAGUCUAGUUUGUUUAUGCUGACCUAAGUUAGUUCUUUCGCUGCCGUUGCAACCAAACAACAGAUAAUUAUAUCAGCUGCGCGCAUGUACAAGCAUGAGUACACAUAUUUUUCGUUGUUACUGCUGCUGCCUCUGUUGUGAGCAAUUUGUGUGCUGCUGUUUCAUCACUGCUCGUAAGUCGCUGCGUGCGAUUUCCUGUGUGUGUGUUUGUGCUAUGCUCUGGUAUGUUGUGGCUAUUAUUUGUAAGGAUGUCUUCUGCAGCGUUGCAGGUGUACGAUUGUCGCCGUACAAGCCACAAAGCCGGGCGGUUACAUCUAA